AUGCCUUUCUAUACUCCAUUGCCUGGAGGAGCUAAUGACGGAUCCGAACUCGUUAUUUCGGGAACUCUAACAGCUGGAUCAAACAAUGGAUUUGUGAUUGAGUAUCAAUCAAACGAAGGAGUUGCUUUACAUUUCAAUGUUCGUAUGGGAUUCUUGGUUGGAUCUGAGAGAGCUAUCGUAUUGAACAAUAAUCGUGGUGGAAGAUGGCAAAGCGAACAACGUCAAAUGAACAUGUUGGUUCCAAACCAGUAUAUCAGCAUGUCAAUCCAAACAUCCUAUGACAAAUAUAAUAUAACGAUUAACGGAAGUUACUUAUGUUCAUUCUUCCAUCGUGAAAGCCCUUCGAAUGUACACACACUUCAAAUUCGAGGCGACAUCCGUCUUGAUCGUGUCCAAUUGACAAACUUUGCCGAUUCUAAACAAACUAUCAUUGUGCAACAACAACAACCAACAGUUGUGGUCGCAGCUCCAGUAAUAAGACCUCCACCAACUACUGUCGUGGUUGCAGCGCCAGCUCCACAACCUACUGUUGUGAUCGCACCUCCUCCUCGUCCUGCUCCGACUAUUGUUAUAGCUCCAAGACCUAGAGCUCCUUUAGUCGAGGUUGUUAUUCCAAGAAAUAGACACCAUCAUCAUCGUCAUUGA